CUCAUGAUCUACCCUUCACGAUCAUUUCUCUGUAGUACUACUCCUGAGUCUACAAAAUUGUACUACACGACUUAAGUUUAUAUAUGAAAACCUUUUUUCAAAAAGUAGUACAAUCAUUUCUUCUGUUUUGAGUUUUUAGUUUUUUGAUCGAAUUCUGAAAACCCAUUUGCAAAAAAAUUUAAAACCCUAGGUUAGUGUUGGAUUUGGAGGUAUGGUUAUGGAGUCAGAGAUGAAAGAAAUUGAAAGGGAAGAAGGAAGGCAACAACAAGAACAAGAUAUGUCAAGAAAAAUACCACCAUGGAAGAAACAAAUAACAGUGAGAGGAUUAUUUGCAAGUUUUAUAAUUGGUGUUAUAUACAGUGUGAUAGUUACAAAGUUAAGUCUGACAACAGGACUUGUUCCUAAUCUGAAUGUGUCUGCUGCUCUUCUUGCAUUUGUUGUUAUCAAGUCAUGGACUAAAUUGCUGCAUAAAGCUGGUUAUGUCUGUACUCCAUUUACUAAACAGGAGAAUACAGUCAUUCAAACUUGUGCUGUUGCUUGUUAUACUAUUUGUUUUGGAGGUGGAUUUGGGUCUUUCUUAUUGGGAUUGAACAAGAGAACAUAUGAACAAGCAGGGAUUGAUACUCCAGGAAAUGCUCCAGGGAGCUAUAAGGAACCAGGAAUUGCAUGGAUGAUGGCAUUUCUUUUUGUUACAAGUUUUGUUGGGCUUUUAGCUUUGGUUCCUCUCAGAAAGAUAAUGAUAAUAGACUACAAGUUAUCGUAUCCGAGUGGCACUGCUACUGCUGUUCUCAUUAAUGGUUUUCACACACCUGAUGGAGAUAAGGACGCCAAGAAGCAGGUUAGAGGAUUCACAAAGUUCUUUUCGUAUAGUUUCCUAUGGGGUUUCUUCCAAUGGUUCUAUUCUGGUGGAGACCAAUGUGGAUUCGUCCAAUUUCCUACUUUCGGGUUGAAAGCUUGGAAGCAAACAUUUUUCUUCGAUUUCAGCAUGACUUAUGUUGGAGCAGGGAUGAUUUGUUCGCAUAUCGUUAACUUGUCUUUGCUUUUGGGAGCCAUUCUUUCAUGGGGGGUAAUGUGGCCAUUGAUACAUGACCGAAAAGGAGAAUGGUACGGUGCAAAAUUGUCAGAAGGUAGCAUGAAGAGCUUGAGUGGUUACAAGGUUUUUAUAUCAAUUGCGCUAAUUCUAGGAGAUGGUCUCUACAAUAUUGGGAAGAUAUUGUACUGUACUGCUAGGAGUGUUCAGACUAAACUUAGAGAGAGGAAUGCAGUUGCAGAUGAGACAAUUCAACCACCUCUUGAGGAUCUUCAACGAAAUGAACUCUUCAUGAGGGAAAGUAUUCCCGUAUGGGUUGCAUGUGUUGGAUACGGUCUUUUCUCCAUUGUUUCCAUCAUUGUGAUACCCCUCAUGUUCCCUCAGCUUAAAUGGUACUAUGUGGUUGUAGCGUACCUCCUUGCUCCAUCUUUAGGGUUCUGUAAUGCAUAUGGCGCAGGUCUAACUGACAUGAACAUGGCCUAUAACUACGGGAAAGUCGCUAUGUUUGUGAUAGCGGCCAUCUCAGGAAAGGAAAACGGUGUAGUUGCAGGACUCGUGGGUUGUGGCCUUAUUAAAUCGAUUGUUUCCAUUUCUUCAGAUCUUAUGCACGAUUUCAAAGCUGGUCACCUCACGCUGACAUCCCCUCGCUCCAUGCUUUUAAGCCAAGCUAUUGGGACAGCAAUGGGUUGUGUGGUAGCUCCUUUAACAUUCUUUCUUUUCUACAAGGCCUUCGAUGUGGGAAAUCCCGCAGGGGAAUACAAAGCUCCAUAUGCUCUAGUUUAUCGGAACAUGGCAAUUCUUGGGGUAGAAGGCUUCUCUGCAUUGCCUCGCCAUUGUCUGAAAAUGUGUUACGGGUUCUUUUCAUUUGCAAUUGCUGCUAAUUUGUUGAGAGAUCUUACCCCUUCAAAGGUCGGAAACUGGGUUCCUCUGCCUAUGGCUAUGGCGGUUCCGUUUCUCAAUGGUGCAAGUUUUGCGAUUGAUAUGUGUGUUGGGAGCUUGGUAGUGUUUGUUUGGCACAAACUGGACAAGAAGAAAGCUACCUUAUUGAUUCCUGCAGUUGCUUCCGGUUUAAUCUGCGGAGAUGGUUUAUGGAUUCUCCCUUCAUCUAUUCUUGCUCUAGCUAAGUUAAAGCCUCCCAUGUGCAUGCAAUUUGUGUCCACAUAACCAGAAAAAGCUAUGGAAAAAGGUUGAAGAUAAGUGAUGAGAAUCAGUGGCAUUUUGCUAGGAGAACAGUGGUAACAGAGAAGGUUCAGUUGGAAAUGGGCAUAUCUGAAAGUGUUGCCGGCAAUUUCCUAAUAAAAUGAUGUAAUUAGUUUUUUAGUUUUUCUUGUUAGGGUCAAAAGCAAAUGUAGAUUAGCAUAGUUAGUCAUAAAUAAAUACAUUCUUUUGGCAGAUUAUAAAGUAAGAACUGUCACAAUUGAUUGUGUGGAACCAGUUAAAUGCGAAAUUCAUUGAAUACGGAGUGUUUCAUUUUUGAGAUUUGA